AUGGGCGGUCCAGGCUGCGGAAAAGGGACACAGUGCAAAUACAUGGCAACCAAGUAUGGCUUCUGCCACAUGGGGCUGGGCCAGCUGCUGCAGCAGGAGGCCCAAUGGGGCACCCGGUGGGGCCGGAAGAUCCAUGACCUCAUGCUGCAGGAGAUCCUGGUGCCAACAGUGGGCUGGGCCCCCAACGUCAACGUCGUCAGUUCGAUGGUGACGAUGAUGCAGAGAGCCCUAAGCCAGGGCCAAGUGGAACGCUGAGCAGAUGACUGUGAGGCAGCCUUCAGCCAGCACCUGGAGAUGUACUACACCCUAUAUGAACCUGUCCUGACCUUCUACCCGAAGAACGUGCUCCCAGCCUAA